GCGCCCGACCAUCAUCGUGAUAAGCCGUUGCAUAUGUUCCCCGCGUGGUGUAACACACACCGCUGGCGCCAAUACACAGUGUUGCUCCCAUCUCUCAUUCCGGCUUAGACUAAUAAUGGCCAUAUCUCCUUGGAUGAUGCCAGGUCCUAAUAUAAUUGCUGAACUAGCGCUUUUCCCUAUGAGUAAGGUACAGAGCAGCUGGUUUCUUCUGCAGCAAACCACCCGACAGGAAUCAUUCGGAAACAGUUUACAUGCCGCCUUCAUACUGCCCACAAUACACAGUGUGCCCCAGCAUGUCAAUUGGGAGAAGAAGCAGUUACGAUACACGAACUCUGGUAACACUGAGCCAAAGGCCCGGCUGACAAGGAGGCCACUGGUUUGUGUUGCCUCAUUAGUAGCACCGCAGCCGCACUGUUCCCCUCCAUGGAGCAAGCGCUACCCGUUGCUUUCUCUGCCCCAACAUUCGUCAAGGUGGUUGACAGCCAGCAAGCAACAAAUACCAUUCCAAUACUUCCCACUAGAACCAUGUCUUCACGAGGUAAAACUUCAUGCACCGGCACUGUUCUUCUGACUGCUCAAGCCGAGAGAGAGCACACAUAACAGUCAACACUUACGAUCGCGAUACAAUCUUUCAGCAUGGAAAUGGAAGAAACAGUGUCCGAUGCAAUACAUCAAGUAGACACCGUAUUCCCUCAUGGGACUAACGUUAACCUGGAACCGGACAAUCCA